CAACAGCUUGGCGGGAUUUCCGAGAGAGGGAGGGAGACUGGGAGAGUGGUGGAAACAAAUCCCGGGUUCCCUGCUCGGUGGCACGCCCAAAACUCCGAACUCUGAACAAACCUUUAAACCCUAGCCUCGUGUGGCGUCGGCUUCCCCCGGCGAUUCCAAGGGAGCAGUCCCCUGUUCCCUCCAUUGCUGGUGUCAGGUGGUUAAGGAAUCUGAAGUAGGGUUGAUAUGGAGUCCACUGAUGAGCAUGCAAUGGAGAGUGACACUGAUUUGAUCAGUGUGCUGCCUGGAGAGGUCCUACAGCAUAUCCUGUCCUUUUCAAGGAUUAGAGCAAUUGUGAGGAUGCGCAGGCUUUCUAGGAGGUGGAUGAGAGUGAUUGAGUGUCUGCAGUUCAUAUGCCUUGAUUACAGAGAUUUUAAACAUUGGAAGGUUGAGAAAUUUGCUCGCUUUGUGGACAACCUAUUACUCAUCCGUUCUAAAGUAGACCUGCAUACUUUCCAGCUUUAUUGGUUUCAUUAUCUUCCACUGAACUGCAAUGAUCUUAGGAAGUGGAUCCUCUAUGCGGUGAAGCACAAUGUUAAAGUGCUUGAUGUGGAACUGGAUAUGUAUGAUAAAACGGCCUUACCGUCUCGCAUUUUCACCUGCCGUUCAGUUGAGGAGCUAAGUUUGCAGAUGGGAGAAGCCCCUGAUGAAGAUCUUGAACACGUAGGCCUUGUGCUUCCGGACAUAAUUCAACUUCCUUCUCUCAAAAAGUUGACUCUCUCUGAUGUAGAAGUGGACCAGCUUUCUCUGAACCAAUUCAUCGGUCGGAGCCCUAACCUAGAAGAUUUGCAUUUGAUAAACUCGGCAACAUAUCUUGAUCUGAUUGCCUCCAAAGUGCUAAAAAGGCUAACUCUUGAUGGCUUCAUGCAUGGGCCCAAAAGAUUCACAAUUUCCGCCCCUCAUCUCGUUCACUUUGAGUGCCAGGGUUGUGCACUGCAAGAUGUUUCUUGGGGAGAGAAACCAUCUCUAGAGAGUGCACACAUAGAUACUUGGGGGAAGAAAUAUGAUGGUGAAUCUGAGUUUAUUGGAGUACUUUUAUCUGCCAAGACACUCGCACUAUUUGGUUCUGACGUCAAGGUUAUGUUGGAAAAGGAGCUGCCGGCAUGUCCAGUGUUUGAGAGGCUCACAACUCUUGAAAUUGGUAAGUGGUGUUUAACUGAGGAUUUCUAUACUGUGCUUCGUUUCCUUCAACUUUCGCCGAGACUAGGAGAACUGACAUUGAUGCAAGAGGAGCUUCCUCACGCAGCAAGAAAAGGAGCAGAAACAGAUGCUAUGCCAAUUGAUGGAAUGACCUUCCAAUGUCCGUUCCUUGAGACUGUCAUAAUACAAUGUUCCAAGGGCGAUGAUGGGAUCAACAAGCUGGUGAAUGUUCUGGCAGCAAAUGGGAUUAACCCAAAGAAGAUACAGGUUAAUUUCUAUGAAGAUAUCGAAGAGAUGGAGCGGGCUGAGAACAGGCGCAUCAUAGAGGAGCGGGAGAAGGAGCUGUGCAACUUCGAGAAGAUGGCGAAGAAAAACCCAGAAUGGGUCGACGAAAGCCGUUAUGCUGACAGUAACCCUGAAACUGAUAGCGAUGAGUAUGAUGAUGACUACGAUGAUUUCUAGAGUCCUGCAGGGUGUGCUUCCAUCCUUUCGCGGCCGCAUGAAGCCUGCAUUUUAUCUUCCCUUGGAACUGACUUGGUGUAAUGGUGUUAGAGACUUUAAGCAUUUGCCUGUUUCUGUUUAUUUUGUGCUCGUGACUGCUGGACUAUAAUGGAGCAAACAAGACAAUUUGUAGGCACUAAUCCUUUGCGGUUUCUGUUUGAUCAUAUUGCUUUCUCCAUGGUA